AUGACUACCAAUGAAUCAUAUGAUAUAAUCACAGCCGUACUUCAACAAGCCCAAAAACAAGAUGUUAAUAUUAAAAUAAAUCCAAUUAUGAGUAAUUCUGUUAAUUUUCUCGAUAUUACUACUACCAAUACAAAUGGACAAUUAACAACAUCGAUCUAUCACAAGCCUACAGCUGAUCCUUAUUACUUACUAUAUAAAUCAGAUCAUCCACAUACUAUUCACCGCAAUAUACCAUAUACUGCCUUAGUACGUGCAGCACGUCUUUGUUCAAAUCUUCAUGAUUUUCACCGUGAACGUUUAAGAAUUCACGUAUCCCUAUUAUUAAAUAAUUACCGACCACACUUUAUCUCAAAUCACUUUCAACGAUUCUUUCAGGUACAUAAAGCCGAUAUUCUAUAUAAAUACUUCGAUGAAAACACCUAUUCUCAAUUACAUCGACAAUUACUAUAUCAAAUUUCGAAGCGUGAACUAGAAGAACAAGCUAUGAAAAAAGAUCCUGUUCUAUUUCCACCAGUAUUACAACAGCGACCAUGGAAUCAAAGGCUAAUGUGUAUUAGACAUCGAUAUGAAAGUGGCCACAUUUCGAAAUUUUCAAAAGAAUUUCGUAGAUGGUGGAAAAAACAUUAUCGAUCGCCAGGAUCCGAAGCCAACCGCAUACAACUCCGACUCAUUCCUCUAACAAAUCGAUUAUUACAACACUAUUUCAUUCGAAAAAAAACCACCACGACGAAUUCUCACAAAAACGGAACCGACCAUAUAAACACUCUCAUUGUAAGCAUUUCUCAAGUUCUUUAUUGUAUAUUUUGUACAGUUCGUUGAUUUUUGUUAGCUAUAAAACAAAAUAAAAUAAAAUAAAAACAUAGAAACAUCUGCAAAAGCAUUAUACUGAUUAAAUAUACAUAACUUUCUAAUAUUUCAGAUAUUCAAAACCAAUAUGGAACGACAACAAAAACAGAAACUCAUCAACAACAGCCAAUCAUUAAGAAGACACAAGCAGAAAACCAAUACAAAGGUAAAACUGAAUCAUGAACAUCACCUAUUCCCCAUAAUGUAACAUGAAAUUCUACCGUACACUGAAAACCAAAAUAUACUGCGCUGAUGAAAAAUACAAAAAUCACAGAGCAACUCUAAGGGAUCUAAAAUCAAAUUCAAGAGAGAUAUUUUCUUUAUUUCGGACUUCACCUUAUGUAGUUCAAAAUAAACUCAAUAAUCCAGCAUUAAUGAUAAAAGCCGAACCAACGAGCGAGGCAGGUGAAGGCUUCCAUCGACUCCUUCGAGUCAAAAAACAAAACUCACCAUCCUCAAGCAGAGAUAAAUAGCAUUAACUAAAAGUCGAACCAUCCAUCAUAAUUAAGUCCCUCGAUAAAAUAUGGGAAACAAAGCAACAAGAAGAAUACAAGGACGAUAAAAGAACACACAUACUGCAAAGCAUGUGCUAAAAUCUCUCACUCCACAACUAACUCAGGAAAAAAUAUAAUUGAAUGCUACGAUUCCGCUCCAGACAAAUCAAUCUUCAACACCAUAAGUAUUUGGAGAGUUCUAGGUAUAUGUACUAUAGGUUCGAAACUUGCCCGUAGAAUGCCUAAAACAAGGACGACACAUGUUUCAAGUCAAGCUUUCAAUCUAAAAUUUCUUCAAAAUGAUUUUAUGAUUUUAUGUAAUAAUAGAACUCUAAAGAUGUCCGUCGAGUCCCUUGAGAAAGGACGAAACACAUGUCGUAUAGAUUUCGGAGUUCUCCAACUUACAUUACUAUUUAACAUGCAUUGAUUCAAUAAUCUUUGAUUUUUGGAUCUCUGAUACUGCUGCUUA